AUGAGUGACCAGAGUAUUGACCAGGGUAGAGACCAGAAUAGAGACCAGAAUAGAGACCAGAGUAGAGACCAGAUUAGUGACCAGAGUAUUGACCAGAGUAUUGACCAGAUUAGAGACCAGAGUAUUGACCAGAGUAGAGACCAGAUUAGUGACCAGAGUAUUGACCAGAGUAUUGACCAGAUUAGUGACCAGAGUAUUGACCAGAGUAGAGACCAGAGUAGAGACCAGAGUAGUGACCAGAAUAGAGACCAGAGUAGAGACCAGAGUAGUGACCAGAGUAUUGACCAGGGUAGAGACCAGAGUAUUGACCAGAGUAGUGACCAGAGUAUUGACCAGGGUAGAGACCAGAGUAGAGACCAGAUUAGUGACCAGAGUAUUGACCAGAUUAGAGACCAGAGUAGUGACCAGAAUAGAGACCAGAGUAGAGACCAGAUUAGUGACCAGAGUAUUGACCAGGGUAGAGACCAGAGUUGUGACCAGAGUAUUGACCAGAUUAGAGACCAGAGUAGUGACCAGAUUAGUGAUCAGAGUAUUGACCAGAGUAGUUACCAGAAUAGAGACCAGAGUAGAGACCAGAGUAGUGACCAGAGUAUUGACCAGGGUAGAGACCAGAGUAUUGACCAGAGUAGUGACCAGAGUAUUGACCAGGGUAGAGACCAGAGUAGAGACCAGAUUAGUGACCAGAGUAUUGACCAGGGUAGAGACCAGAGUUGUGACCAGAGUAGUGACCAGAUUAGUGACCAGGGUAGAGACCAGAGUAGAGACCAGAGUAGAGACCAGAGUAGAGACCAGAGUAGAGACCAGAGUAUUAACCAGGGUAGAGACCAGAGUAUUGACCAGGGUAGAGACCAGGGUAGAGACCAGGGUAUUAACCAGGGUAGAGACCAGAGUAUUGACCAGGGUAGAGACCAGGGUAGAGACCAGGGUAUUAACCAGGGUAGAGACCAGAGUAUUGACCAGAGUAUUAACCAGGGUAGAGACCAGAGUAGUGACCAGAUUAGUGAUCAGAGUAUUGACCAGAGUAGUUACCAGAAUAGAGACCAGAGUAGAGACCAGAGUAGUGACCAGAGUAUUGACCAGGGUAGAGACCAGAGUAUUGACCAGAGUAGUGACCAGAGUAUUGACCAGGGUAGAGACCAGAGUAGAGACCAGAUUAGUGACCAGAGUAUUGACCAGGGUAGAGACCAGAGUUGUGACCAGAGUAGUGACCAGAUUAGUGACCAGGGUAGAGACCAGAGUAGAGACCAGAGUAGAGACCAGAGUAGAGACCAGAGUAGAGACCAGAGUAUUAACCAGGGUAGAGACCAGAGUAUUGACCAGGGUAGAGACCAGGGUAGAGACCAGGGUAUUAACCAGGGUAGAGACCAGAGUAUUGACCAGAGUAUUAACCAGGGUAGAGACCAGAGUAUUGACCAGAGUAUUAACCAGGGUAGAGACCAGAGUAUUGACCAGAGUAUUAACCAGGGUAGAGACCAGAGUAUUGACCAGGGUAGAGACCAGGGUAGAGACCAGGGUAUUAACCAGGGUAGAGACCAGAGUAUUGACCAGGGUAGAGACCAGGGUAGAGACCAGGGUAUUAACCAGGGUAGAGACCAGAGUAUUGACCAGAGUAUUAACCAUGGUAGAGACCAGAGUAUUAACCAGGGUAGAGACCAGGGUAGAGACCAGGUUUGCAGUGAGCCUGUGGUGUGA